AUGUACAUAACUGCAGAAUACAUCUCUACUACUCUAUUUAGUCCCUAUGGUUCCAUUAUAUCACCGGAUGAAGAAGUAGAACGGCUAGCCACAAAGAGGGGAUACGUAGAAAAUAAUGCUAACCAAGGUACUGCCAUAAAAAUAUCAUCGGUUUCAACAAUUCAGAAUAUUUCAACAUCUCAUGUCCCAAAUAUUAACAUAUUUCGUUGUUUCGUGAAAGAAACAAUACCUAAAACUGAAGGAUUUUCCGUAGUCGUACCAGUCUUAGAAAAACAUCCAAACACUUCUCAAACUUUUAUUCCUAUAGGAUCGUGCAGAAAUGAUGUUUCGCACGUUGUUGUUGUCGCAUUGCCAGACCCUCAUAACAAUGAUGAGCCUGAUUUAUGCACCCUUAGAGCCUUUUUAUGUAAAGGAAACCAAGGUGUAACCUAUGGAGUUGGUGUUUGGCAUGCCCCUAUGAUAACAUUAGCAAUGACAUCAGAUACGAAAUUCGUUGACUUUGCAGUUGUAAUUUAUGAAGUGCAAGAUAAGGACCAUCCAGAAUUAAACUGUAUAGAACGUUACUAUAGGGAUCCUCCUCAAAUUGUUAUCAAUAAAGUUGGUGAAGAUUACUGA